UUAUCUUUUUCUAUCACUAAAAUCUCUUGUUUAGCCUUUACAUUUUCUUUAUAAAUGGAAGACUCUGAGUUGAACUCAUCGGAGCUAGGUACCCAGUCGUACUGGCAACAAUCGUACACAAAGGAAAUAAGUAAUUUUGAGGAGCAUGGCGAUCCGGGCGAUGUCUGGUUCGGCGAAGACAGCGCGUACAGAGUCGUGGACUGGAUUUGUAGAAACAUUGAGGAUAAAAAUACAGCUAUUAUAGAUUUAGGAUGUGGGAACGGCUAUUCCCUGUGCGAGCUGGCUCGGGAGGGGUUCACCAGGCUGCUGGGAGUGGACUACUGCCAGGAAGCCAUCACCCUCGCCCGGAAGGUGUCCCAGGAGUUCCCCAUUAUUGACUUUAAGGUAUUCGACAUAACGGAAAACUCGGUCUCCCAACUGGGCACAUUCGGGGUUGUACACGACAAAGGAACGUAUGACGCGGUCAGUCUUCAUCCGGAGAGCGCUAAGGAACGGCGGCAGAAGUAUAUAGACCAGGUGGCAGCCAUGAUGGAUCCAAAAGGUAUAUUCGUAAUAACAUCCUGCAACUGGACUGAAGAUGAACUCACCACCCAUUUUGCCCACCGGUUUAGAGCGAAGUGCGUCAUCCCCACCCCCCAGUUCAAGUUUGGGGGGAAAGUGGGAGGGGUCGUGUCGUCUGUCGUGUUUGUACAUAAGGAUAGUAAAUAGAUUGGUUACAUGUG